UCAUCCAUUGUAUCACCAUAGCAGCAGAAGUUGGCUUGGGCUGCUACCGCCAUGGACAACCAGAACCGAGUUUGUUUUGACUCUGGGGAUUCUGCUCCCCAUAGACAGAGAGGGCUUGUGUCGCCUUCCACUCCCCCACAGAGAGGUCCUAGAGUGAGAGAGGUCCAGGUUACCGGAUUCGCGGAAGAUUCUCGCCAGGCGGACCGUGUGACUCUGAGCAUCCGAGUGAGCAGCAGCAAGGAGUCGGCCAGCGACGCCAGCAGCAGCGUGUCCCGCCGACUUGAAUACAUACAACAAACACUUAGACAACAUGGUGUCAAAGAAGAAGAAGUGUCUGUGAAGAGGAGUAUCCAUCGGGAGAAUGACGUGUAUCAUAUGCAGGCAGAGGCCGCGGUGGAUUUCUCAGACUUCCACACGAUGGACAGAUUGUGCUGCGUUCUGCUGGAGAAGCUGGAUAAAAGCGUCUCCAUAGGAACGCCUCGGUUCAACCACAGCAAAGAGUCCCUCAGUAAUCUCAGAUGCAGGGUGUGUCUCGAGGCAGUUGAAAACGCCCAGCGCAAGGCCAGCGACCUGAGCCACCUGCUGGGGCAGACUCUGGGGCCCCCCCUGCUGGUCAGAGAGGAGGAGACACGCGAGUGGAGGAGCCCAGAGGACGGGGAUGAGGAACAGGAGGGGGAGGACGGGGUCAAGAGAGAGGGGGAGGCCACCCGUUCUGUCACCCACCGUCGGACUGUGGCGUGGGCGUCGGCGCGGGUGUCGGUCACCUUCACGUUCCUGGACAAGGCCCGGAAGAAACACUGAACUCAUUCAUUCACCAUCGCCAUAUUCUUAUAUAUAUAUAUAUAUAUAUAUGAAGUCCUGAAGAAGGAUUCUAUUUUUGUAGAAUAAAUUUUAUUUUAUUGCACGGUUGUUAUUGUAUCAGUCUGCAGAUCAUUUUUUAAGAACCACUUAGUUAGACAUCAUGGUACUCGGUAUUCAAAAUACUGCUCACUUAGACCGCAGAAAAAAAAGAUCUAUCUUCAUUACACUCAUUGCUUCUCAUGGACAUUCCAGUUAACCUUUGAACCUCUGUUCUUCUUCUCUGCUAAACACAUUACACUCAUUGCUAGUUAAACUCUGUCGAAACUCUGACAUACUAGCUCCCAAACCCUUAAUCAGUCUUUGAAUCUUACAAGACUCUGC